ACCGCCCUUCGUCCCGUCCUGCAGCUUCCCACCCACAGUCCUUCUCAGCCGCCAUUCCAUCCGUCACGAAUCUGGCACUUUCUCGUCGUCUUCCCCUCGCCUACAUGACUGAGGUCACUCGCUAGCUUACGGUUCGCGCUAGGAUAACGCUCUCUGCUUGUGACCGCAACGUAAAGCGUGAAGCGUAGGGAUCGUGCAGCAGUAUCGUGCAUUUCGCUUAGGGGUUUGCGAGUUUCCCAACAGUCUAGAUUUUGUGUACGAAGCUUAUCUCCGUCGCUUGUGCUUUCAGCGGCAAGUUCGGGAGUCGCCGAUUAAAGAGCACAUUUGUACAAUGCGGCUUUACUUCUCAGUCCCCGCCGUACGACGAAUACCUGCUCGACUCCGUUUCUCCCGCUUAUCCUCCGAAAUCGACGCAGCCGAAAGCCUCGUUUGCAGCAUCUUAUGAACUACCUCCGGCUUAUCGUCGUUUCCCGGAAGGACGCUAGUGAACAUUGUGAUGGACGGCGUAGACCUCCCAUGGCCGUCAAUGCCACUCCAUAGAUCUCGCCGGUCGUUGCGGAAAGAGCUUCGCUUGAGCUCUCUCUCUCUCUCUCUGUGUAAACGGCGUUACAAUGCUCAAACCACCGUUCCUCGUCUCUGACGUCACCGUCUGACGUCACCAUCUGACGUCACCACCUCCCUGCCUUACCAUCCUACCUUGCUCGUAGUAGCUGCUUCUCCCAUUUUCUGCAGCUUCGCUAGUGCAGCCAUGCGUCGAUCACCUCGCUCGUAAACUGGUCGACGUCAUCGUCAUCGUCAUCGUCAUCGUCAUCGUCGACGUUCCUUCGUUGUUUCCUCGGAAGUUCUCGUAUUGGUUGACUAGCUGCCGCUACGCCUGUCCUCCGCUCAUUUCCUUUACCCUCUGUAAACCCACCAAAGCGCGUUUGCAUGACACGCGCGUUACUAUCACAAGCGCGCAAGACCCCCCAACCAUGUACAGGAACAUCAACCAGCUCCUCACCCCCAGUCGCCAGCGCCGCCCGCGGGGCUCCGCGCACGAGGCGGAUGGCGGAGAGUCUCCGGGCGGGGGGGGAGCGGAUGAGGCGGAGGGGGAAAGCGGCGGUGGAAGCAGUAGUGCGCGGAGUGGCAUUCCCCCGCUUAGCGACCAGAAACAACGGCACCGAAGCACCGUUACCUCCUCGUCCUCCUCCCCUGCAUCUGGUUCGCAUAGUAACAGCAACGGUGGCAGCGGCGGAAGCAGUAAACACAGCACCAGCAGCAACAGCAGCAACAGCAGCAACAGUAGGCGCAUCGGCACUCCGCUCCCCGCGCCCUCCAGCCCCGGCUGGCGCAUGCCUGGGGGGGGCCUAAUGAGCCCCGGGCGCGGGGGAAGCAAGGCAGCGGGAGGGGGCGGAGGAGAUUCCGGAAAAUGGUCGUUCGGGCUUCAGGAGUCGUCCCCCCUGCGACUAGGCUCGCCGUCCCUGAUAGGUCUAGGCGACGGGCAGCUGAAAAAGAUGGUCAAAAGAAUGUUCCCGCCGAAUCCCGGGGGCGGCUUUAAGGGGUUCUGGGGCAUAGGGAGUGUGAUGAGACGGUCGUUAGAGAUAUACGACUCCAUGGGGGAGAAGACCCUCGCCUCCCUGCGAUCCAACCUCCAGGCACCUGGCGUCGUCACCCUCGUCUCCAGCGACCUCAGACUGCUAUGGAACCUCGCAGGCGUGGAGAAGCUGUUGGAGCUGCAGCGCGUGGCGGCGCGCGUGGCGGUGCUGGGGCGGAAGUGCCGCAGUGCACGGCUGCACACGCUGGGCGACCUCUUCCCGCUGCUGCACUGCCCCGACUCCGACCUCUCGCACUUCGCCGUCUCGCCCACCGAGGCAGACGCGCUCAUCAAGUUCAUGAAGGAGCAAGCGGAGGCCACCGAGCGGCUCAAGUCAGAGAUGGAAGCCAUACAGCAGCUGCACCACCGCAUUCAGGAGUACGGCGAGUGGAACAAGCUGCAGGACAUGGUGGCGCAGGGCAAGUCAGUGGAGAAGCUGCAGUCGCACUGCCUCUGGUCCUUCGACCUUGACUACCUGCUGCAGCUGCUAGUGGCGGCCCUCUGCAUGAUCCGCCGCCGCAUCUUCUCCUCCUUCGGUCCUCCCCCCGCCUCCUCCCCCUCGCCUCCCUCUCUGCACGCGGCGCCGUCCCUAUCAGUGGGGUCGCUGGGCGCGUGGGGGCUGGCGCUGCACUAUGCCAAUGUGGUGGUGCUGCUGGAGAGGAUCAUCCAGCAGCCAGACGCCGUCAUGGGACCCACCAGGGACGAGCUGUAUGACAUGCUGCCGCGCAGCAUCCAGCACGCGCUGCGCUGCCAGCUGCAGGACCCGGAGAACUUCCUGCCCGACGGGCGCGUGGAGGCAAACCUCAAGCGCGGGCUGCUGCUGCUGCCCACCAUGGCGCACAACACCAUCUUCUGGCAGUCGCUGCACACGCCGGGCACCGUCAUGGGCGCUGACGAGAUCGUAUUCCAAGUGCAGACGUUCUACUAUGCAUGCAAGGAGGCGGUGGACGCGGCCCUCAUAGACGUGCUCCUGGGGCUGUGCCGCAUCUGCGGUGUAGAGGAACCCAUCUCGGGGCCCUUCGCCCCCUCCUACCCAAUCCCCACCCCCCUCUCCUCCUCUGGCCCCUCCUCCUCCACCUUCUCCCCGCGAUCCCUGGACUCUUCAACGCUCAGCAGUAGCGGAGGUAGCUUCAGGAAAGGGUCAGGGGGGUAUGGAGGGGGUGGGAGCGGUGAUGUGGGGGGGAUUGGGGGGUAUGAGGAGACGGAUGAGCAGUUUUUGGCUAAGUAUGGAGGGGAACGGAGUAGCUAUGUGGCUGGGGAGGGGUGGGGGGGGAUGGUGGUGAAAGUGAAAGAGGAUAUGACGGAGAGGAGGGCGUGGCGGCUGCAGCAGAUAGAAGAUAGGGAGAGGGAGAAGGAAAGAGAGAGGGAGGAGGAGCGGGAGAGGGAGAAGGAAAGAGCAAAGGCGCAGAGGGCUCGUGAGAAGGGGGGGUGGAGAGGAGAGAAGGGAGGGAAAAUAGCCGCAGGGAAAAUCGAGAAGAGUGAGAAGAGUGACAAGGGGGAGAGGGGCGAGAAGGGUGAGAGCAGCGUGUAUGUGGAGAAAGGGAUUGGGGAGGGGCGAAGGGGGGCAGGAUGGGAGGAUAUCCCAAAGAUCCUCAUCUCUGGUGACGUGGCAGGGAAGGGCACGAGACGACCGGACGGGAGGGACAGAAGGGACGCACGCGGUGGGAGGGACGGGAGGGGCGUAGGAGAAGAGGAUUCAUGGGAAGGGCAUGCGGGGGCUGGUACUGAAAGGGGCAGAGGGGAGGGACGAGACGGGGGAGCUUCCCCGGGGUUGAGGGAGAGGAGGGCAGGAGACAGGGAGCGGGGGAAGGGUGGUGGAGGAGGAGUGAGGGGAGGAGGGGGUGAGCAGUCUGGGGCAGAAUGGUGGGAGGCUGGGAAGGAGAAGGACAGGAGGGGCGGAGGGGGCGGAGGCAGGGGUGGGGGAGCAAGGGAUAAGGUGGUGGCAGCGGAGAGCAGCAGCCGCAUGUCACGGUCGCCCCUGCGCAUGGUCACUUCCGUGCUGUCCCGCAACAGGAACGCCACUGCCACCAGUGCUGGGAGUGCUGCUGGUGCUGUCAACAGCAGCAGCGGCGGCAGCAGCAGCAGGGUGUUAGUGGAGCGGAGCUGGAGUGAGGGAGGCGUGGUGAACAGUGGGUCUAGUGAAGGGAGGGGCGGUGUGGGGCGGAGCAGUAGUGGCGGGGGAUUCUGGGGCGAGACGGAUGCAGAGUUGGCUGCAGCUGCUGCAGCGGCAGCAGCAUACGUUGCGGCUGGCCGUGCUGCCGCUGGCACCGGCGCUGCUGCUGCAAGCAGUUCAGAUGCUGGUGGUGUUGGUGGUGAUGGCAGCAGUGGGGUUCUCAUCCCUCGGUCCGAAUCCGACCCCCUUAUGCAGCUCCCAGCUCUAGAGGACCUCAAGCACACCAUGCUCGCCUCUGCUGCUGCUGCUGGGAAAGGCACUGCUGGCAGCAGACAGGGAGAGCGGGAGAGAGAGAGGGAGAGGGGCGGUGCUGGCACGGCAUCGGGAGCGGGGCGGCGGCGCAAGGUGCAGCGCAGUGUUAGCAUGGGCAGCGCGUCGCUGAAUCUCGUCAAUGUCAGUGCGUCUAGCAGCCCGGCCACUCCCAAACGGGGCUUCUGGAAAGGGGGGAGUGAGAAGGAGAGGGCGAGAUAUGAGGGAAGGGACUCAGAUCAGGGGUAUCAUGAGCAGACGGUUGGAACUCCCCGCGUGGCUGGUAGUAGUAGGCGAACAGGUGGAGGGGGAGGGGGAGGGGGAGGAGGGGGAACGGGGGGGAGGAGUGGGGGAGGGGAUGGGAAGAGUGUGCGCUCUGCUGCGUCGGCAGCAGCAGCAGCUGCGGCAGCGGCAGCGGCAGCAGUGGCUGCGGCGGCUACUAGAAGUCCGCUGACUGGAAGCAAGGCGAAGAAGUGGAGGGAUAGGCUGGUCAGAGGGUCGUUUGGGGGAGGUGCCGAUGGGGCAGGCGCUGCUGCUGCUGCCGCUGUAGUGGUGACACCUGAGGCAGAGGAGCAUCCGGGAGGGUAUGCGACAGAGCAGGGGUACGGAAAUGAGGAGGGGGGAGCAGGAGGGGGAGAAGGACUGGGAGUGGAGUAUGAGUAUGGAGUUGGUGGAGGUAAUUAUGGUCCUGGGUUCGGGUUUGGUGAGGAUAGGAAGUUUGACCACAGUGCUGAUGGUAAUGGUAAUGGUGGCGGCGGUGGUGGUUACGAUGAUGACGACGAUGAUGUGUGGGGAGAUCUGCAGGCACGAAAGAAAAAGGGUGCAACGUAGCAGUGUGCUAAAGCCAGUCCCAGUACCGCAAGUCACGCCUAGCAGCAGAGCAGACCAUCCAGCUACCCUUGUAGAAGGGAGCAUGGGGGUGCGGUGUGGGAGCUACCAGUGUGCUCCAUGUACACAAUGGGUUAUCGACCUGUGAAGCCAUGAUCGACAUUUCAAGAGAUUACUCUUCAUAGGCGACCAUCGGUCAUCUCCCUCAAUGUGUUGAAUAACAUUGCAUAGCCUGGCCUUUGACAGUAGCAGCUUUCCUUGCCGUGCUAUUGUGCUCAAUUUGCUAACAUGACACACCGUCAAUGAGAUUCGGUCGGUAUAGUACGUGCUUUGCCUACUGAUUAGCAGGGCUCUUUGGCAUCGCUGUC